AUGAAAGAUAUACCCUCAAUUUCUAUAGCAUUUGAAGAAUUUUCUACCUGCAACACAGCGGAGCCAGAGUAUGCACGAAUUGCUAAUAUGUUGGAAAAUCAAGCAUCUUCUCAAUUUGCAGAUUUAACUUUACAACAGCAACUACAUGCAGUUAGGAAUUUGUUAAAUCAAGUAGAUAUCAGUCGAUUUAAAAGUCCCUCAGUUCCAUUUCCACAACCUUCAUUCGAAUAUGCGUUUUGUCCACAACCUUCAGUUCCGCAAAAAAGACAAUUCACACAAGUCAUGGACAUAAUGCCUCAAGAUAAUACAAUGGGAUUUAAUCGUAAUAUUUAUCAAAUAUCAGGGAUGGAUUCUCUAUCACAACCUCAGAGAUAUCCAGAAUUCUUUAACGAAAAUGAAAUUCCUCAACUGUAUCCACAAAAAAAUCCGGAUCCUUCACCAUCUCAAAUAUAUGAAAAUCAGUUGUUGUUAUCACCAAAAGUCAUUAUAACCAAUGAAACGAAUGAUGUAACAAAGCGCCUUAUUUCCCCCGAAGUUUUUAUCGAAAUUCCAUCACGUGAUGUAUUGGCGGAAUAUCGUUCAACGGAUGACUUGCGUAACAUUUCUCAAAGAAAAACAAGCCAAGAAUUCAAAAAACAAAGGGAAAGAGACAGGGACGAAGAACGAAACGGCGAAAGUGCUUUGAACAAAUUAAUUAAUUAUAUAAAUACAAUAUUCGAGGCCGAAGAUUCUAUUAUUUCCGAAAUAUCAUCGGGUACAUACUCUCCGAAUUCGACCUCACUUCUCGUUCCUUCUAGCAUAAAUUCGAAUGAACCCUUACUUUCAUCAACAGUCAUUCGCCAACUCACAAAGCUUGUUGGGAAAGUGAGUCGUUACAAACGUCUUGAAGAUGCGGAUAUAGAUGAUUUAUCACGGCUUUUAAAGAUUCUAGAAAGAUCGGUGCGAGAAGUCGAGACUUAUGACGUUCUUCCUCCUAAUGGUCAAUCUGCUUCCUUAUCAGGGUCACAUAUUAAACAAAAUGAAUUUGACUCGAUGAACUUAGAUGAUGGUGAUGAUAAAAUGAACAAAGAUAAUUCAUAUAUACAAGAAAUUGAAGAUAAACUUGAAAAGAUAAUCAGCGGAAUUGAAGCCGCAAUUGCAGCUUUCUCAAUAAUGACAGAUUUAAUUACUUCAAGUCUUAAUCUUAUAAAGAGUCAGCUGGUGGGAGUAGUUUAUCGUAUAUUUGAAAUGAAUGUUUCAGAUGACACUUUGAAUACAGGCAUCCUUCCAAUUGUUACUAAUUAUUUACAAAAAUUAUAUGACCUGAUGCAUCAGGAAGAAUUAUCUGAUGCAAUUGUAAUAACUGUUAGUUUCAUUUCUAUUGGACCAUUUUUCGUUGACUCUAUGAGUGGUAAUAACAAUUCUAUAUUUGGAAAUGGCCUCGAAGUGGUAAAACUUGUUGCGCUUGGAUUAUUAAGAUUGAUAUUCACAAAACAUCAAAAACAACGUACAUGGAUAUUAGAAGAAAUUCUUACUUCUCUUAUAAAGUUGCCCGAUGGUAAAUCUAUUCAAAUGGUUUCUGCACUUAUUUUGCAACUAGUCCAAAGUUGUACAGCGGGAACAAACCAUAUCAAUUGCAAAACAAUAGAUGACCAACGAGAUGCAAAGGGUCUUGAGGGAGAUAUAAAUAAAGAUCAAAAUGGAUUGAGAAAGUGUGGUGGUGUAUGGAAAAUCGGAAUAGACGCAGCUAGUACUAAUCAAAUAAAUAGAUGCACUAAAACUGUUAAAAAUUCUAACGAAUCCGAAUAUCGUAUCCUAUUGGACAAUUUCAUGGAAGAUGUAAUUACAGUAUUGAAUUAUCCGGAAUGGCCAGCAGCAGAAAUGAUAGUUCUCAUUUUCAAUAAAAUAAUGAUUGGUUAUAUUAAUGAUAAAAAAGCCGAUACAUAUACGAAAUCAAUGGCCAUAGAUUAUUUGGGAACAAUAGCCGGACGUAUCAAAAAAUUUACUAAUUCUGGUAUUCUGUCUGAUGAAUCUUCGGGAGACAAUUGGAGAGAUAAAGAUGAAAGAGACUGGCUAUAUAAAAUUAAGGACAUUCCCAAAGGAGAGAUAACGACUCAUACCCGAAUACAAUCAAUCAAAAAUCUAUGUGAAUGUCAAAAGGCAGUGUUAAAUUUUUUGGAAAUUGGUGCUACGGAAGAUCCUGGUGUACAGUGCGCACGUCAAUUUUAUUUAUCGGAAUGGGGGUACUCACUCGCAAAUACCCUUCAAUUAAUUAAUGAAAAACGUUCGGACCAAAAUGAAGAGGAUAAAGAAGAAAAAAUCAUAAAAAAGUUGUUAGAUAAAAUUAUUGUCGAAUACUGGAAAAUUUCAUCUGAUGAUCAUAUAAUACAAAGUCUCGAGCAGAGAUCACAAGGAAUCGAGAGAUCAGAUAUUCUUCUUAUUACUGAACUUCUUGCCACAAGACAGUCACUUUAUCAAAACUUUGAUUCAAUUUUAUCUAGAAUAUUGGUAUCUUUGGAUACAGGCGUAGUUGCUUUCCGAACAAAAGCCCUAAGAGCUCUAGGACAAGUAGUAGUAUGCGACCCUAAUAUUCUUAGUCAAGUCAAUGUCCGUCAAACAAUUGCUCAAAGGCUUUCCGAUAAUUCUCCAGCUGUUCGUGAUGCGGCUAUUGAUCUUGUCGGUCGAUAUCUAUCACAAAAACCCGAAAUUACCGAACAAUAUUAUAGAGUGAUCAGUGACCGAGUAUUAGAAUUAGCUCUUAAAACAGUUCAAGAAUUGUGGCUUUCGCUGUUUAAACAUCAAAAAAAUGUUAAUGUUCACUUGGAUGGUUUUGAAGAUGAAGAUGAAAGACAAAGCGAAUUCAAUUAUAUGUCUGCUGUUGGAAAAAAGGAAGUUUUGUCAAGAAGUUUACUGAUUGUUGGAGUUGCUGGACGACUUGGUGAAAGAAAUGGACACGUUAUGGGUGGUUUUUUUAAAAAGGUAUUAGAAAAGGACGAUAAACAAAGGCGAGAAGUAUUAAAUAUAUGUCAAUGUAUAGUGGAUUGUCUUUUUGAACAUUUAUUGACACUUCAAGAUUCUAAUUCAAAGUCAGAAGUUGUAAGUUGUAUCAGUACAAUAUGUCUUUUAAGCAGUGCUUCGCCAACGCUUGUUGCCAAUCAUGUAGUUACCUUACAACCUUAUCUAAAAAGCGCUAGUACGCCAGAUGAUCAAUCGAUAUUAUAUUAUGUUUUGAUAAUUUAUCGAAACGUACUUCCUCUUCUUAAACGACCAAAUCCUAUUUUCUUAAACGAACUAGAAACAGCACUUAUAGGAUUGUUGACCAAGAGCCCUCAAAAAAUUCUCCAAGAAGUAGUGCCAUGUCUUUGCGUUAUAAUUGAUAAAUUAACCUUCAAUUAUGCACGAUUGACAAAACUUUUACGUUCUUGUAUUGAAAAGCUUAAAUUAGAAAAAAAACAGUUAGAGAUUGGAAAAGUGUUAUCUUCGGCUCGUAAUGUCAUGGUAUUACUUUUAAUUAUUGGUUUACUGUGCAAAAACUUUGAUUUCGAUAAAAAGAGAGCGGAACAACCAGAAAAAAUGAAAGAUUUAAAUACUAUAGAUAAGGGACCUAUAGUAGCAAUUAUUUUUCAAUUAGUAUUAUAUUUCUGUAAAGAUGGUUUAUCAGAAAUGGUUCAAAAAAUGGCAUUACAAAGUUUAGGGUUUAUAUACCUUUCAUAUCCAAUAAUAAUGUUAAGACCAGAAAGUACUGAUUUGAUGGAUCGUAUAUUAAAUACUGGUGCAAUGGACAUGAAAAUACAAUUGAUGAAAGUAUUUUUGGAUUUUUUGGUGGCUGAGCAACAAAAAAUUAAUUCAGAUUUAGAAGAUAAAAAAAAUAAAAAAAACAUACCCGUCGAUUUAAAGGUAUUAAUAGGGAAUGCUGAUGAAUUUGCGGAAGCUGGGGUAAGCAGUUCUUUAAUGCAGAGAUACUUAGAUCGGAUCUUAGAAUGCACUUUUGAUCAAACACAAAGUUUGAAAAUUGUUGCAUUGGAUGUUUUAGGUAACAUCAUUCAACAAGGUUUAGCGCAUCCCGUAUUGUGCAUGCCUACUAUUGUUGCUAUGGAAACUAGCCCUGAAUCUAAUAUACGUGACAAGGCGUUUAAAUUGCAUCAACAUUUAAAUGAAAAGCAUGCAUCUUUAAUACAUUCUCGAAAUGUAGAUUGUGUUAGGAAAGCGUACGCUUUUCAAAAGCAAAUAGCUAAUGGAAAACCCGUAGUCGGAUAUGCUAUACAUUCUCAAGAAGAACCACCAGAAGCUUUACUCAAUUCAAUGUAUUCUCUCUUAAAAGAUAAAAGAAAAUCUCGUAAUGAUUUUCUCAUUUCAGUUGUUAAAACCUUCGAUUUUGACUUAAAAAAGUGUGAGGAAACUAAGGUGGACAUUGGUUUCUGCAAAUUUGUUGCUGAAAAUUUAGCCACAAUUGAUUAUAAAACCAUAGAGGAAGUUCUUCAUGUCAUUUAUUUAAUCAAUCGUGUCCUAUCGGUUGUUGCAAUUAGUGUAUUACAUUCAAUCCAAAAAAAUACACAAUUUAAUAAUAUGGUUUUGGAUAAUUCGGGAGAUUUGAUUUUGGAUAAUGUUCGAGUUUACAUUGAGAACAAAAUUCCUGAAAAUUUUACGGAAUCAAAUACAUCUUCAACCAAUGACGCAGUUGUGGAUGUAAAUAAACCGACAGAAACCAUAUUUUACGAGGCUUCGUCGAAAUCAUCGCAAACUGGAAUUGAAUCGAAAUUUGAACAAUAUGAAACGCCAACACAAGAUACAACAUAUUCUGAGAAAGAUAAUAUUUUAUCAAUUUCUUAUGCUGCCAAGGUCUCUAUUUGUAUGGCUAUCUUAAUGUACUUGAAGGAACAUUUGAAAAAAUCUUAUUCGUUAAGUGAAGCUGGUACUCAUAAAGAUAAACUGGCUAUACGUAAUCAAAUUGCCCCAUUAGUCAUAUCAUGGGAAGGCCUUCCUUACUUAGAUAAACCUUUGAACUCGGAUCUUGCCGUUUUUAAACAGUGUGAAUUGUUUAAGAAACUCAUGGCCGAACAAGACAUAUAA